AAGUGUAUACAUGUUUACUCUACUCACUGGGUUUUCAUUUGUUUAUUUUUAAUCAUUUUUGUAUAAUUCGUGGCUUUUUUAUUUUUCUUCAAAUCAAUGGCACUUUAUGGCCUUAUUCUACAUGUGGAUGGAUUUUUCCGAUGGCAAAUAUAAUAUAUUGCUUCCAUAUAAAUUCGAUAGGACACUAACUCAUAAGGGAUGCAUAAUAGCUAUUCUGAAUUUUAGAUUUUUGUUUUUUGGGGCUUCUUUUUUGUAUUUGGGACCAUAGAACUUGGUUGGGGAAGCAGGGAGAGUGUGAGGAAUGCUCAACUAGUGUUUGAUAGAAUGUCAAUAAGAAUAUAUCUUUUUUCUUAUAUGUAAAUUACUUCAAUAAUGAUAUAGAUGUAGCAGGCCAAAUUUGUUCAUUUGUUCAUGGAAAGAAUGAUGCCUUGGUAGUUUUGUCUGGACUCUGACCAAGUUAAAUUUGAAGCAUAGGAAAAGAGGAGAGCAGAAAAAGUGUUGCUUUACGAUGUAAAUUACUUCAAUAAUGAUAUAGAUGUAGCAGGCCAAAUUUGUUCAUGGAAAGAAUGAUGCCUUGGUAGUUUUGUCUGGACUCUGACCAAGUUAAAUUUGAAGCAUAGGAAAAGAGGAGAGCAGAAAAAGUGUUGCUUUACGAUGUAUUUAAUCGAAUUGAGUGGAAAAAAAAAUUGUUUCUUUUACAGGGAUGGAAUGAUGAGGAAAUCUCUUUGCGUUGAUUAUUCUAAAUGGAGGGAUGCUGGAUCACCAGACAAAGGAUUUUUAAAUUAUUUCUUGAUGCGAUUCUUUAACAGACAUGAAGAGGUGCGCCAUCUUCUCGGUCAGUUGUUUGCAGACCAUCUUACAUAAUCAAUGUUUAAGUUUUGCUUCAAAUUGUUUGCCAUUCUUCUCCUAUAGAAGUUGCUUGUACCAUGGACUCUCAUCAAGCUCAACAAAUAUCAGACCUUUUCCUGAUUAUUCCCCUAAAAAACCUACCAUCAGAGAUGCUGAAUUUGUUCAUCAUAUUUCCACCACAAUAAAAUUACGUCGGUCUGAGUCUCUACGCCGCAUUCUGAAGUCUUAUGAGUCCAAGUUCAGGCCUGACCAUUUAAUUUGGAUUUUUAUGAGCAUUAAGAAUGAUUAUAAAUUGGUUUUGGAUUUCUUUGAUUGGGCAUGCCUACGUAGAGAACCAUCACUAGAGGCUCGCUGCAUUGUUGUUCAGAUUGCUACAGCGUCUAAGGAUCUCAAAAUGGUUCAUGGGCUUAUUCGUGAGUUUUGGGAAAAACCCAAUUUAGAUGUUAGUCUUUCAUUCACUAAUUUUGCUGAGAAACUGAUAUACACUUAUAAGGAUUGGGGUUCAGAUCCCCAUGUAUUUGAUAUUUUCUUCCAAGUCCUUGUUGAAACUGGGAUGCUCAACGAGGCAAGAAAUUUUUUUGACAAAUUGUUGACUUAUGGUUUGGUUUUGUCUGUUGAUUCUUGUAAUUUAUUUCUUUCUCAUCUAUCAAGAAAUUUUGAUGGCUUUGAGAUGGCAAUAAAGGUUUUCAAUGAAUAUCCCGAAGUGGGUAUUUGUUGGAACACUACAUCAUAUAACAUUAUUAUUAAUUCUAUUUGUCAAUUAGGAAAAAUAAAAGAAGCCCACCAUCUACUACUGAAAAUGGAGUUCAGGGGUAGUAUACCAGAUGUUGUAACUUAUAGUACUAUAAUCAGCAAAUAUUGUCACGUUGGGGAGCUCCAGAAGGCUUUGAGGCUCAUAGGAGAAAUGGAAGCAAAAGGACUGAAGGCGAACCCAUAUAUCUGUAACAGCAUAAUACUUUUUCUAUGUAAGAAUGGCAAACUCUUUGAAGCCGAGAAGGUCCUGAGGGAGAUGAUGAUGCAGGGAGUAGUUCCUGAUAAUGUGGUUUACACUACCUUAAUUGAUGGUUAUUGUAAGUUGAGCAAUGUUCCAGCUGCGUAUCUGUUGUUCGAUGAAAUGAGGGUUAGGAAAAUUAUUCCUGAUUUUGUAACAUAUACUGCUAUUAUACAUGGGUUUUGUAAGGCUGGAAAGAUGACAGAAGCUGAUAACAUCUUCCAUGAAAUGGUAAGCAGGGGGUUGCAACCAGAUGAAGUUACCUAUACAACGCUUAUUGAUGGUUACUGCAAAACAGGUGAGGUGAAAAAAGCUUUUUCUCUUCACAACCAGAUGGCUAGGAAGGGGCUUGUCCCAAAUGUUGUCACCUAUACUGCAUUGGCUGAUGGUCUCUGUAAGCAAGGAGAGGUAGAUAUCGCUAUUGAGCUUCUUCAAGAGAUCCAUAGUAAUGGUCUUCAACUGAAUGUUUGCACUUACAACUCAAUUGUUAAUGGUCUUUGCAAAUCAGGAAAUAUAGUGCAGGCCCAAAAAUUGAAGGAAAAAAUGGAGGAGGUGGCUGGUAUGCAUCCUGAUUCUUUCACUUAUACCACUCUCAUGGAUGCGUAUUGUAAAAUAAGGGAGAUGGAUAAAGCUUAUAUGCUGCUGCAAGAGAUGUGGGAUAGAGGGUAUAAGCCGACAGUUGUUACAUUCAAUGUGCUGAUGAAUGGCUUUUGUUUGUCAGGAAUGCUGGAAGAUGGUGAGAGGCUACUUGAAUGGAUGUUGGAGAAAGGUAUAAUGCCUAAUACCACUACCUACAAUUCUCUUAUGAAGCUGUACUGCAUUAGAAAUAAUAUGCGUGCCACAACUGAGAUUUAUAGGGGUAUGUGUGCGCAAGGAUUAAUGCCCGAUAACAACACCUAUAACAUUUUAAUAAAGGGACAUUGUAAAGCAAGGGAUAUGAAAACAGCAGGGUUUUUGCACAAAGAAAUGGUCGCAAAGGGAUUUCUCCUCACUGCUAGUUCUUACAACGCCCUCAUUAAGGGUUUUCACAAGAGAAAGAAAUUUGUGGAGGCAAGAGAACUAUUUGAAGAGAUGAGAAGACAAGGUUUGAUCGCAGAUAGAGAAAUAUACAACCUUUUUGUUGAUAUGAUCUAUAAAGAAGGGAACAUGGAGGUUACUCUUGAUCUUUGUGAUGAAGUGAUUGAGAACUGUCUCGUAAGGAGCAAGAACGAAGACAUGUAGAUAGAUUUUGUCUGCUAUACUACUGGGUUCUCCUUGGACAGAAGUUUGUCAGUAUUGAUUUCAAUGAUCUUCUAUCUGCUGUUAUCAUUUGAUAUGGAAUUAAAGGCAGAUGAAGCUGAGCACUUGAGGCCUCCUACUUGUUCAAUGUACAUACUGGAGCAAUCUAAAAAAAUCCUCUCUCUUUUAAAGCUUCUUCUUUGAUUCUUCGCCACUUUCAAGACAUUAUAAAGCUAAAAGAGAGCCCUUUUCAGGAUUCUUCUGACUAACACUUGGGGUAAUUGAAGCGAUUUUAGUACAGCUGGAAGAGUGGAGUGUUAGAUCAGGGAAGGUGCAGACAAUAGUGGUCACUUGCAUAUUAUAAAUUAGACAGGGAAACACAAAUUGAAGGUGGUGGGCAUUGAAUACUAGCAGAGCAGCGGGAGAUAAUUUUCAAUAGAACGACUUCAAAGGCAAAUCUUAAAUGCAGUUCAAAUCCCUUUUUUUUUUUCUUUUUUUUCUUUUUUUUGUAUUUUGUAUUUUUUGUGUAAAUUGAUGCCAUUUUGCCAGCCUAUUUUUUUGUAAAGAUGCCGGGCCGUCUAGUGUAGCAAGUCUUUUUUUUUUUUUUU